UGAGACAACUUCUCCACCAAUCUCCUGUCCUCAUCCCGCGCCAUGGCCCUGAAGCACGAUGAAGGAAAGGCGGAGGACCAGGUGGCACCGGAGGAGAAGCUCUUUGGACGAGUCUAUCAACCUGGACGCUGGGAUGUUCCUAACCUCUUCUUGCCUUCAUUGACCUACAUCAAGGAGAACCCCAAGGCCACCGCCCACUUCCGCCAGAAGGUUUGCAAUCGCGACUACGACGCGGUGAGGCUCUUGCUCCGAGCAGGGUUUCCGCCUUCGACGCCUUUGUCCCCGCGGCAUCACCGCACGGCGCUGUACUUGGCCGCCGAGAUGGGCGAUGAGUUCAUGUGCCAGCUCUUAGUGAGUUUUCGAGCCGACCCGUUCCAACGUCUAAAGCCGCCAGAGAACGGGGGACUCAUCACCUUUGGGGAGGCGUCGGGGAAGUUGCAGCCCCAUCCUUUAGACGUGGCCGUACAGCAGGACCAACUUCCGAUCAUGCACUUCUUUGAGAUGUACCGGGCGAUUCCACGGCCCCUGGACCGUGGGAACGCUCUGCCGGUGAGGCAAGAGUUUCCUUUACAGGUGACAUUGAAGGCCAACGAAGAUGGCUUCGAUGGACCCCGCGAGCCGCUGGACCGGUGAGAGCCGCGUCACCGGUCUCCAAAGGAGGCUCCGGUGAAGCGGUGAGUCCCACGAAGUCACUGUAGUCACGGUCUCCAACGGGUCGGAGGAUGCCGAUGUUUUGACAGGGUCGGUGGAUGCCCCGGAG